AAUUUUUAAACUAAUCAGUCAUAAAACUGAGCGUAGUUCUAAAAUUUUGUACAUUUCUUCUCAAAAGUUCGGUUCAUAAACAUUCUGAUAUUUAUUAAAAUGAGAUUUACUAUUGCAAUAAUUUUAAUAUUUGCCACUUUGGCAUCAACUAGCCCAAGAAAUCGUAUUGAUAAUAGUGAUGUAAACAAAUAUAUACAGGAGUGCGGUGCUGAGCUAAACAUUUCAUCUUCAGAGAUGAAUAAAUAUAAAACACCGGACGUUCCUAUGGAUCGCAUAGGUCAAUGUUUUACAAAAUGCAUGUUUGAAAAAUUUGGUGUUUUUGAUAAAGAAAGUGGUUUUAAAAUAGAACCAAUAUUCAAGUUAAUGUCUGAGAAUAAUCAUCCUCUUGUUGGCGAUAUUGAAUUUAUUGCUGCGAUUGAAAAAUGUGUUAAGGAAUCUAAUCUAAUACAAAAUGCUUGUGAACGUGCUUAUCACGGAUCCAAGUGCUUAAAUAGUGAUAAUUUCAAAAAGAAGAAUGUAGAAUAAAAAUCAAAAAAUUGAUCAAUCAAAAUAAAAAAAUAAUAAAAAUAAAGUAAAAUA